CAGCGAUCGUCCGCGCGCAUCCACAGUUCGCACGUACCAUCUACAUUUAUUAACGGAGUUUUUUUUUGUUUUCGUUGUUUUGUUUCUCAAGCAUUUUGAAAGUGUUUAAAUAAGUGAUUAAAAGAUAUUUUCUUGUGACAAGUGACAUAACGAAGGCUUCGCCGUGGGAACGAACUGAUCUGGGUGUAAAGUGUAAAAAAAAUCUGAUUCGUGUGGUCAAAGCAGGCAAGAAGAAUAAUCGAUAACAAUGCGGUGGAGAAGAAGAAACAACAUGGAACUUAUAUCAAUAGUCCUUGCUGCGAUGCUUCUUGGUCUCUGUGACUGCGCCAGGAGACCAGCACAACGUCGGCAGGACACGGCGAGAACUGCUGAUUUUUACGAGCCGACUCCAAGCGCGGAGAGCUUACAAGCUCUCGCCGAAGCUAUGGGCGCUGCGGGCUUCGAACAUUACACCGAGGGUCGGCCGCUGGUCAAGAGACUCAUACCGGCCGACAGCCACCCAGACCUGGACGUUCAAGGCGUCAUCGGCAAGGCGGGCGUGGACUUCCCUGCAUACCCUAACAUCCCCAGCACUGAAUUCAACUGCAAGAACGUGCCAACUGGAUACUACGCCGACUUGGAAACCGACUGCCAGGUAUUCCACAUUUGCGACACGUCCCGUAAGAUAUCAUUCCUGUGCCCAAACGGGACCAUCUUCAGCCAGUCCCAUCUCAUUUGCGACUGGUGGUUCAAGGUGGACUGCGCAUCCGCCCCCGCCUUAUACGAGUCCAGCGCCGAAUAUUACUCAAAUGAACAAAAGAAAUCGCAGAAAACAUCCCAAAACCACAAACAGCAGGACCUACAGCUGAUCGGAGAUAGCCAGAUCAGGGCCGAGUCCAGGAGGUCUACCGUCAACGUUCCCAGUACAACAGAGAGGCUACAGAGGCACAGACAAAAACUGCAAACUGAAAAACCUUUCAACGUACCAACGGGCAGAAACUUGCACACGCUUUUUGAUUUUAAUCCAACGCAACGGACUCAAGAGACAACCAGUUUCGAAAACAGAAGAAGAAAUCUCGUUCAAUUGAUCACCAACAGCUUCACUGUGCCAAAACCAACAUUACCCUCAUAUCUAGAAGCCCCUAAAGUGCCCGCUGAAAUCAAAGAAAUGCAAGUAGCUGCCGAGACAGCGUCUUUCGCUAAUAAUAACAACAGACAAUUCUUACAAAAUUUACACACUAAAAACUAUCGUCCCUACCCAGUUUACACGCCCAACACACCAAAGCCUAAGCCGAGAAUAAAUCCUAAUUUGACCACUUUGUACGACAUACGGGACAAACAUUUAACCCAAGAAACACAAGAGACAACCAAACGACCAAAUUUGGUCCCAUACACGAAGAGCUUCACUGCGUAUCAGAGACACGAGCCCUACACUAGACCCGGAGUGUCCGCGCUCAAAGGUUUCCUGGAAAAGGAAAAGAAUAAAUCUUUAACAACCACAACUGAAAAAAUACCGGAAACAACUGAGAGAUCCUAUGAAGUAGAAAGCAAAACGGACAAAGUAGUAAUUGAAACGAAGAACAGUUUUGAAUCUGUUACUAAAAUACCACAAACAACAAGGUCUGAAGGUGUUUCCUUUACCGAAACCACCACAACUGCAAAACAAAACGAUGAAUUCUCAACAACAAAUCAAGUUAGCGAAGCGACCACGGAACCUUCAUAUAAAGAUAGACGUGAAAGGCUUUUAAGGAAAUUGAACUUGGAAAGUAUUGAAUCAACUGAAACGCCGACAAUAACGACUACUGAAAAAGUCUACGAAAACCAACCAUUAAGGACAGGUCGUAUCGUGCCACCUUCCUUAACGCCAAAAUCAUUACACAGCCUAGCUAUUUACUACGCUACAGGAUUAGACAACCUGGCUACAACAUCUACAACUGAAGAAACUGAAACUACUACGAGCGGUUUUGAUGAUUAUGAAGCAAUGGAAGAAGCUCUUCCAGGACUCUUCAGCCAGAAAACCAUACAUAAAUACAGUAAUCUCUUCGAACAGGGAACGGAACAAGCAGAGUUGAUCGAAGAAAUGAAAGCAGAAUUAAACAAUACUUUCGGUGCGUUUUCUGAAGAUCUAAUGGUGCAACAAAGCCAAAAUCCAUUCGCGAGCUCCCCACAGGUCCGAGAGCUAGCACAAGUAUUCACUCAUGCCUUAUCUGCCUAUUUACAAGAUCCUGUUCAAUUUAGAAAGGUGCUAUCAGACAUCCGACCAACCCAUCCCUCUUUCAGUGAUCUUCUUCCGACAACAGAAGAAGCAAUAAAUACGGAACCGACAACAACAAUUAACGAAGAAGACGAUGAAAUCCUAGGAUUUUCCGAUGACAGCAAACGAGUAAAUAACGCACCGUCUGUUAGAGAACCUAAAGCCUUGGCAAUCUCUGCCAAAUAUUCUGAUGCAACAGCAACAACAUAUACACCAGAAGUAGUGGCUACGACCCACGCUCAGACAACUCCAAGAAAUCCAUUCAGAUGUUGCGGUAGAAUAUCAGCAUCUUAUACAAAAGCUCCCCCACCGCCUAAUGCAUCAACUACACCAUACACCGUGGCAUUUGAGGUCAAUACUUUAAAUAACCUUAACUCCGAACAAACAACGGAUUACUCUGUUCCUAAAUACGGUGGAUUCCAUAAUAAUGCACUUACCGUUAGCGAUGCUCCUUAUGGUAAUAGCAUCAAUUUCACUGGAAAUCAGCCUUUAGAUGAAUAUGUUGAGGCCACUAAUUUACCAACAGCUUGGGGCAUAGACACAUCAGCAUCCACUUCCUACCCUACAACUAUCGAAGAUUUCGAAAGCAAAAGAAUUAGAACGAGUACUGUGAUUCCGACUACUACGCCUGUGUAUUUCACAGAAACAGACAGCGUGGAACUAGAGAAUGAAGAAGAGUUACAAAGAGCACAUAGUCAAUCUUUCGUAGGAACACAAAAUUCGCGCCAAGGAACACAAAUAAACUUAGACGAAACUGGAAAUAAGAUUGGUGAUUCGGAAGCCCCCACUACGGCAGACUUCGAACUAACUACAGCUAUACCAACAACUCAACCUCCUACGACUACUAGAGUUGCAGAAUCUGAAAUCCUAACGACAGCACCAACCUCCGAUAGUGUUUUUACAUCUCCAGACACUGACAAAACUACUUACCAACAGUGGUCAACUUUUGAUAAUUGGCAGAGUACGUUCAUUGAUCCAAUCACGUUAAAUGACGGUCUAAGUCCAACUGGACCUGAUAACUCAUUGAGAGACGAAAUGUACAAUUCAGCGACAACGACCAUCUCUGAGUACCAAACUACAGAACAAACCACUACUGCCAAUAUCGAAGCCAGUACUGAAAACCAAAAUGAUAUUAGGGUUGGGAGACUACUCAAGGAUUCAUCAACUGAACCUUCACAAGAUUUAUCAGCAAUAACCGAUACGGUAGUUGAAAAAGCCAAAGAAAUAAUGGGAGGCAUGAACUCCACAACAACAGAGAAACUAAUGAAUGUCAUGAAGAAGACUAAAUCCAAAACAGUCAAAAGACUUAUUCUCCUCUUAAUUCAAACAUGCGAUGACGACCACAACUCAACUGCUGAAGCUUCAAAGAAGGCUCUACUAGAGGCCCUGAUGGCUGUUUCACAGAAAGACAUGGAGGAGAUCGCUAAAGAAGAGAUGACAGAACCAACCACAAUCGCUGAAAAUGAAUACAAAACCAGUGACAAUAGGAGAAUGGACAGACAUGAAAUCAUACCCAGACAGUUCGAGAGACGAGGGAAGAGCAUAAACUUGGAUCCAAGCGUCAUAAAUUCUUUAAUGUCUACAACAGAAACCUCUAAAAUUGAAGACUUGAGGCCUGUUUCAACUACAUUCAGUCCUAGAACGACGGCAGGACGAAGGGGACACAGGAAAUACAAAACUACGCCUGAAGUGAGAACUACUAAAGUACCUAAUUUCGACAAACCGAUUGCAGAAGCUAGAGUCGCCACUUCAGAUUUAAAAACUGCUCCGGACACUAGAGCGUUAGAGCUACUCAAAUCUUUAUACUCUAUCGCAGCAAGAUGGGGUUGAAGAUAUUUCUAAUGUCAAUGGUAUUUUUGCCUUUAUAUUUAGGGAUUUACUAUUAUCGGUUUUCAUUUAUUGAUGAAUCUAUUUAAAGCCCUAAAUAUAAUGUAAUUGUAAAUCUUAGUAAAUAUUUUGUAGAUACCUUUGAAUUGUUCUUAGAACUUUAGCCUUCUUGAAUCUUGCCAACGAGAAAUAUAUUUCGUGUUUGUUUUUCGUUAAGCAUUUUUUUACUUCAGUAUUUGAGUGUAGUAGUUAUGGAUAUAAUAAUUUGUUUGAUGACGAUUUAGUUGUUUUAAGUUAGUUAAAUUAUUGUUUCAUACGAUAUAACACGACUUAAAUUAUAUUUUUAAGUUACUUCCAAAGUAGAUCUUAGUUAACUGUCUUGUUUCCUAAAUAUUAUUAUGACUAAGGGCUACUUAUCAAUCACCAGAAAAAUAUGGCGACAAUUAACGAUCUAUUUGUCAUUUUAAAUGUAAGCCUAACUGAAUGUGAAAGGGUUUGGUAGUACGUUAUUAAAACCACUUCAAUACAGAAAUGAGUUACGUUUAAUAAUACAUUAAUUAUAUUUAAUUACAUAUACGAGUAACUUUUAUCAGAUAUAUGAAAAUCUCGCUCUUUGCAUUACUUCCGACCACAUGUUUAAACAAUCCUUUUUUUCCUGCCUAAGCUGAUAUCCUCCGGUGACCAGAGUAAUCCUUGAACUAUUCUUAUCAUAUCACUACACAGUAUAAAACAAAGUCGCUUUCUCUGUCCCUAUAUCCCUAUGUAUGCUUAAAUCUUUAAAACUACGUAAGGGAUUUUGAUGCGGCU